AUCGGCAACAUUUUGCUCCAGACCCCUAAGAACAUCGUUUCAGACCACAUCUCUGGUGGAAACGUUCACUCGCAACAACCAUGGUUCUUAAGGCUUGUGCGGUUUUAUUUCUGAUCCUGGGAGUCCAGUGGACGUUGGAAUGGGAAACUCUGGAGCCUAGUGACGACACCUUGGUGCUCACCCAUGUGUUGUUCCGACAUGGCAACAGAACGGCCGACAAGGACCACGAGCUCUACCCCAAGGACCCCUAUUUGCACGAGCCCUACUACCCUUACGGUUCAGGUCAGCUCACCAAGGUGGGAAAGCACAAGGAGUUCUCUGUAGGGAGAUCGCUGAGGGAGCGCUACCACAAUUUCCUAGGCGAGUUUUACUAUCCGGAAGUAAUUGAGGCCUACAGCACUGAUUACAAUCGCACCAAAAUGUCGCUGCAGCUCGUCCUGGCCGGUCUGUUUCCUCCCAGAGAAGAGGACCUGUUCGAGAACAGCAUUCUCUGGCAGCCAGUGCCUUUCAACUACCUUCCAAAGUACCAGGACAAGGUCCUACUUGGAGUGCUCUGCCCCAACUAUUUGGAGAUGUAUGAAGACAUCAGCAACUCGCAAGAGAUCUUGGAGAGGUUCGCUCAACAUUCAGCGACCUUUGACUACAUUUCCGAACACACCGGACUCAAGGUUUCCCGCUUUUUCCACCUCUACAACCUCUACUUCGGACUGUCCACUGAGGAGGAGUGGGGUUUCACCUUACCGGAGUGGACCAGACCCGUGUGGCCCCACACCAUUACAAAUCUAGCCAUUCAAGACUACUUUGUAUCGAUGCAUACGCAUGAAAUGCGCCAAAUGGCCACCGGGUACUAUUUGGAAAAAGUGAUAGAAGACACCAAGAAUAAGAUCUUGAGCAGCAAAAGCCCUGGCAGGAAGAUGCACCUUUACUCCGCCCAUGAGAACAACAUCGCUGAGCUGCUGAUCAGUUUGGGCGUUUUCGAACAUCCCCAUGUGCCAAAUUACGGCGCCUGGGUGUCUUUGGAGGUCCAUUUCAUCAACAACAUCUACGGCAUUAAGGUCUUUUACGAGAACCAUGAAGGAGAAGAACCACAACUGCUCUCCAUACCAGACUGCGGUAGUUUCUGUCCCUUGGACAGGUUUAUCGCUAUCACUGAGCCGUUGAUUCCAUCACCGAACUUGUGCGGGAUCUAGUUGGAUUGGAUUGCGGUGGCUUUGGCGGAGAAUCUCCUAUGUUGUGAAUGUCCUAAGUUAUUUGAAUGUCCCAUUUUCGCCACCGCUUUUUUUUUGCAGUUGAAAUAAAUGUUUCCCACUGUUA